UGGCGUGUGACGUAACAUCAAAAUGGCUUCGCGUGGUAAUGGAGUAAACACAUGAGAGACUCGUGUGGAAAUGGAGAAGUAUUCAUCGUUCUUUAACCUUCAAAAUAGUAUAUGUUUUACAGAUUUUAAAAACAUUUUACGUGUUGUUCAGUAUAUUCAUGUGAAGAGAUAGCAAUACCCCAGACAGGCGCGCCAUGAGUAAAUCACAGGUGAAGGAAGCCAAUGUGACCCCUCCAGUCAAGGGAAUAUUGCGUCAUUUGAAAUGGGAGCACCUGGUCGCUGGCGUCAGUGGAGGGGCUGCAUCCACUCUACUUCUACAUCCGCUAGACUUAGUAAAAAUUCGAUUCCAAGUAAAUGAAGGGGCCCAUACUGUGGGACAUGUGGACAGGCCGGAGUAUCGAGGCAUCAUCCAUGCCUUCCGGAGUAUCCAGAAGAGCAGUGGUUUCUCCGGACUUUAUCAGGGAGUCAAACCAAACGUCCUAGGAUCAGCCUCCGCCUGGGGCUUCUACUUUAUGUUCUACAACACAAUUAAGACUUCCAUGCAAGAUGGGGACACUAAGGUGGAUUUGGGAGCCGGUAAACAUACACUAGCAGCCUCUUGUGCAGGUCUAUUUACUUUAGUGCUGACAAAUCCAAUAUGGGUCGUGAAAACUCGAUUAUGUCUUCAAUAUGAAGCCAAUGCUACCUCCGUCAAGUCAGAGAAAUACUACUCAGGAAUGGCCGAUGCGUUGUUCAAAAUUUACAAACAGGAAGGUUUCAGAGGAUAUUACAAGGGAUUCUUGCCAGGAAUGUUUGGAAUUUCCCAUGGUGCUAUACAGUUUGUGUGUUAUGAAGAAUUGAAAACCAAAUACAACAAUUUUAAGGAGCGACCAAUAGAUUAUAGACUGAACUCGGCGGAGUACAUCACCUUCGCCGCCCUGUCCAAGAUUCUAGCUGCGACUGUGACUUAUCCAUACCAAGUCGUGCGUUCUCGACUACAAGACCAGCACAGGAGUUACAAUGGCAUCGUAGACGUCUUACAGAAAAUUUAUAGGUUUGAAGGAUUGCGAGGAUAUUUUAAAGGAAUGAUGGUGUAUUUGUUUCAUGUGACACCUAAUAUCUGCAUUGUCUUCCUUGUGUGGGAGCAAGUGGUCAGUUAUAGCAAGGACUCGUGACAUUGGCAACCUACCCCAAACAAUGACAGCGAGAGGCAUGCAGAAUGGAUCCAAGAAUCUCGUUGGACUUUACGAAACUCAGUAUUGAUCAUUCUAAAGAGUGGAGGAGCAGUGAAAAAUACAUGUCAGUUUUACAGGGUCUGUUGUAAAAAAUGCUAAUUGUUCUGUCUACCAAGAGACAGAAAGUCGAAGUUAAUUUAAGGCUCACCUUGGGACAAACUGGGAUCAAGUUAAAUGUGUACAUACAAUGUAUAUCAUUUUAUAAGUGGUUAUUUUCUUACCAUAUUUUAUUCCUAGCAAUGGACCACAAUUCAGGUUGAAGAACUAGAUUUACAACACCGCUUAUUUUUUAAUGUUGUGUUUUUAUUUUGAACUUUUUUUUUUUUAAAAUCCAUCAGGGGAUUUUCUUUAUCACUAUGACUAUUAUUUUUGGAGUUCCUAAACUUUUUUCCAUUUGAUAAUUUCAUUUCUUGAAUGCAUGUACUAAGAUAGGGUACCAUUUCAUUCUUCUUCAACACAGCUUCUUAUAAAUCUAUUUUUCUUCUUUUACAAAUUUUAGCUUAAAUAGUAGGCAUAAUUUUUCAUCAAUACAUGCACAUUUUGUCAACAUUGAUCUGCUCUGAGGUUGCAUUUCCUGGUAAAAUAUUAUGAAAAGUAGUGCAUAUUGCAUUUAUGUGUAUUUGACUGUCAGUACAUGUAUUAUACAUGUAUUCCUACAGUUUGCAAUCUCCCAUAGCAACAAUGUGUUAUUCAAUAAAUUAUUACUUCAGGUCUCUCAUGUACCAAAGUCUUUCAUAUUAUGAAGAAGAGGGCAAUUUGUGAAUAUUUCUAGGGGAGUAGUCAAAUGAUAGAU